AUUUCAAGUGUGCCUUAGAUAUACUCAUCGGAUCAAAUGAUUAUUCGUUGCAUCUGUUCAUUCUCAAGAAGAUUUCAUCAGAUGGCUGGAAAACAAAGUAUAUGUAAAUAGGCUCGUUAUGCUAUCAUUUCCCCCUUUGAUCCAGGAAUCCGAUUUUUCAUUCUUUGUCGGUUACAAUGAAGACAGUUCUGUGUUUAGCAGUGAUUUCUGUUAUGGUUGUGUAUUGCCUUACUUUGGAUUGCCCUGGAUGCGAUCUCAGUACAUGCAAAGAUCCAGGACCAUGCAGAUUCGGGAAAACCAAGGACGUCUGUGCAUGCUGUACUGUUUGCUACAAGGGCGUUGGAGAAGAAUGUGGUGGUCCUUGGAACGUCAAAGGAGUGUGUGCUAAUCAUCUGACCUGUGUUCGCUUGCAUAAUAAAGACCCCGUGCAAAAAUUCAACAGCGAAGGAAUAUGUCUUGCUUUGCCUUAAUUUUCUGAAAAUGUAAAUUAAAUUAAAAUAGCUGUAUCUAAUAAAAAUUUCUCUGAAGCAUUUUUUUUUA